AUGGAACACAGAGAGCAUAAGAAAGAACCAGAUAGGGAAAUCAGAUUGGUUUUAAUUGGUAGAACAGGUUCCGGUAUCAGUGCAUCAGGAAAUUCCAUAUUACAACAAGUGUGUUUCCAGUCCGACUCAUCUGGGUCGUCCGUUACAAAGACGUGUUGCAUUGGAACAUCUAAACGAAAUGGAAUGAUCGUUAAAGUAGUUGAUACUCCUGGAUUAUUUAGUAAUAUUAUGACAGUGGAUGAAAUUAAACUUGCAAUUUUAAAUUGUUUUAGUUUGAUAUCGCAUGGUCCCCAUGUUAUUGUGUACGUGCUUAGAAUUGGUCGGUUCACAGAAGAAGAGAUACAAGGUGUAAAAAGAUUUUUACAGAUAUUUAGAGGGAAUCCGCUACAGUACACUAUGGUUCUUUUUACAGGCCAGGACGACUUAGAAUGGAACGAAAUGAGCAAUGAAGAAUACUUGAAUAGUGCACCUAUAUACCUGAAAAAAAUGGUUGAAGCCUGCAGUAGACGUUGUGUGUUUUUCAACAACCGAUUAUCUAAUUCUGUAACAUCUGAUUUACAACUAGACGAGUUUUUCAAAACUGUGGGGAAAAUUUUAGAAGAAAACCGAAUCGAGAUGCCAUAUUAUACCAAUCAGAUGUGCACAGAGAUUGAAGAAGAUGAUUUUAAAGCAAAGCAUAAGAAACGUAUUUUAACGCAGAUGAAAAGAGGAGGCGUAGCAUUUGCUACAGGACUUUUUAUGUUUGCAAUAACUGGUGACACGUUGUUCUCAGUAGUUGUUGGUAUCGGAACAGGAAUUGCUGUGUUAUCAUAUGUCAAUUAUGUGAAGUAA